AUGCAGGAGUAUGCUCAAGCAUUUAGGGAUUUAAUUUUUCGUGCAAAACAUUCAAUAAACUUAGACAUCCAACACAGAAGAAAGGUCUCAUACAACAAUGAUUUGGCUCAAAGUCUCGAAUUUCUUCGGUAUUUCUUUGACGGAUCCAAAACAGAAUCACAAAGGCAGCUUCAGAGGCAGUGUUGUAAGUUUUUAAGUGUUUUUUGUUGUGUUAUUGCUUUAGGUAUUGAUCUGAAUGCGUGGAAGUGGAAAUGAGGUUUUUGAAGGUUUAGCGAAGGUUGAUGUUGUAUUGCUCUGGUUUUUACAACUUAACUUAUUGUUUAAAAGACACUUUUUUUAAUAAAAAAUCUUGUUUUAGUUAUACUACAACUCACAGCAGAAUUGGCCGUAGUGUCAGCUCCGGUUCAAGAUGACAAUUCCAUGGUUCCUAUUCGGAAAUACAUUGCCUACAUUAUCAGAAAUCUGACUUGUGGUAAAUUUGAUGCAAAAAUGCUGUUGGUUAACAAUAUAGCAUUCAUGGAAUGCGUUGAUAGCUUCAUCAAGGGAUCUAUUUUAUUGAUCAAGGUGAGUUAAUGGUUUUUUUACUUUUUAAUUUUUUUAUUACAUAAGUGUUGUCUGCUAGAACAAAGAGUGUUUUUAAGUCUGAUAAAUGCACUAAUUUUCAAUAAUCUUUUUAUUAUAGCCAUGGUGUGACGUCCUCAUUAACAUGACCUAUUACCCUCAUUUACAACAACGUCCAUCUCAGACAAGUAUACGAGUUCUAUCAGAUCGAGUCAAUGUGAUAAUAGAUGCCAUUUUGAGAGUUAACAAUGAAAAACAACAUCCUUUGAAUCGACCAUCUUCACUCGGAUCAGUGUCUUCGAAUGGUUCGUCGAUAAAUUCAGAAGAAUAUGAUCGCGCGUUCACGGCGGCAUUCGCCGUUCUUUGGAACAUCUUAUUGUUGGCACCUGUCAAUCGACGAAGGAUUUGUUUAGACGAUAAGUUGAUGAAGAUUAUAUUGGACAAUACUACGCCGGAAAAGUGUCGAACGCCGCUUGGGCCGCCGGUUACUUCUGUUUUGGCUUUGAUCACGGGUAGGUUAAUAUAUUUUUGAUGGAUUAAAGGCAAUUUCUUAAGGGAAAUAGCGGUCAAAUUAUUAAGAACUUAAUUAUAAAUGUUGUUUUAAAUUAAAUUUUCUAAAAUCGGAUGAUUUAAGCUUGUAAUUUAAUUUAUCAUUUGGCUUUAGAGCCCCCAUACGUUCACAACUUUUCGUCUCGAGCUCUUCGUCGUAUAAAUGAAGUCAUUGCUCCAUUAAUUCAAGCCAAUCAAUCUAAAGACAUUCUCACCAACGCUCUAAAGUCAAUGUACUACUGCGUACAAUAUUCAACGGAACAUCAAGCUACUGUCUCCAUCUACCGCAAGUAUAUGGAACAAUUGGACCGUGAUUUGGUGGAAAUUGGUCGCCAAAUGGACAUGACUAGAGAUACCAGAAGCCAUUGGGUAUAUGCCUGCGAGUUUGUACAGAAACUAAAGCUAUACAGUCGAGAAUAUUGUGGCGCUUUGUCAAACUCAACCUCUUCUGUCGAUUCACAUCUCUUCGAUUCACCGUCACCGUCUUCAAGUGAGGAGAAUGUUGAUUUCACUCCACCAUCACCGGUGGAACGUAUAUUGCGUAGAAGCGAUUAUUCUGGGCCAGAAUGCUCAAGGAAGUACAAUGAGCAGUGUCUGUCAUCAACGCCGACUCGAGCUGGCAAAAUGCUUAGUGGUGCGAGGAAGAGAAGUUCAUCACCUAUGGAGUUUCAACGAAGGAAAGGGAUGAUUCAUCGCCAACCUAUGGGUACUAGAGUUUUGGGAGACAAACAGCCUAUCUUUAAUAGCCAAGAGGUUUAUGCUCAGCCUAAGAAACGGAUUAUAAAUGGGUAAGUUUAGUUUAUUAGCUUUUUUUUCGACUAAUUUCUUUAUUUGGCUUGAACGUAGUUUAAAACCUAAAAACUUCAAAAAAAAGGCUUAAACUUAAAAAAAAGGCUUAAAAUACAUUUAAAAGGCUACGAAAUAACUGAAACAUUAUUAGCUACGUUUAAUUACAAAUGGAAGUAAUAUUUUUAGCUAAAAAUAUUGACAACCUUAUUUUAGAUUCAUCCGCAACGAUUUAGUUCAAAACCAAUUUGACGUCUUUUCAUCGGCCGAAACCGCUUCUACUUCAAUAUCGAACAAUGAAAUGUGCGCGAGGAUGAGGCAUGCUCGUGUAAUGCACUUGUCAGAUUCUUCCAACAUUACCACGACUACUACAACAUCUCCAGACGACUCACCGUUGACUUUGUACGAGAAUCAGAGGUACUUGAUGAAAGGCUCUGGAUAUAGUGAUUAUAAUGAUGGAGAGUGAGUUUUUAUACUUGUUUUGUUGUUGGUUUAUCUUGUUGAUGAUAUGGGGAAGGUGUAGUAACUUUUUGUUAAAGUAGAGAGGGAUAGUAAUUUAAAUUUUUUUUCAAUUAAUUCUGGGCUACCUAUCAAAGCAAGUUUUUUGAUUUAGGAGCACAGAAUUAAAUUAUUUGUACAACCUAAUACAAGGGAAAAUGUCCUAAAAUUUAUUCAAAAACUUUGACUUUCGUCUUUCAGAACCAGCGACUCCGCUAUGGUCCACACCACCUCAAGUUCUUCGAAUGGAUCCUCAGGCAAGUCCAACUCAACCUUAGGCAACUCACAUCACAAUUCCACACUAAAAGCACCCCAAAUGGAAUUUAAUGACAAUGUAGGCUAUUAUGAAAAUGAAGAUGUAAUCAAAAGUGCGGCCGAAAACAAAGAAAACACUCCUGCCGAAGAGCUGGAUGCCACAAUCUUCAUGAACACAUCGGAACUGAGAAAUGACACUGAAGACUCACUGAACACCAGUAUGAUGGCAGAACGAGCAUCGCUUUGUCCAGCCUUAAGAUCAGUCAGCUCUUUCUCAGUCCAAUCCGAGGAAAUCUCACCGAAAAGCGAGUGUAAUAUCGUGGUGAAGGAGAGUGAUAUCGAAGACUCGCCAAGCCAAUGUGCUCAGAGGUUGUACGAGAUGGAAUUGUAAGUUAAUUGUGGCAUUAUGUUGGAGUUUAUCGCAAUAAAAUGAGGUUGAAUUUUAUAAAAGUUAUAAAAAGUUGGGAUUUGAAGUGAAAAACUGGAAGAAUUGGGGUUUUUAUAGUGAGACCAAAGAUGAUGGUUCAUGUAUUGAAAUAUAACCAAACAUUAUAAUGUUAUGUUAUAAGGACUGUGUAAAUGAACUUACUUUUUAAGUUUAAUGUUUGAAUAAUAACUUUUGGUUUAAAACCUAAUCUUUUGAAUUUUCAGGGCAAACACUCCAAAGUCGGUGCACACCGUAGCCACAAUCAGAAGAACCGACCAGUUUAUGGCGAUUCAAAGCUCGACUAUACAAACUGACAUUUAA